AUGAGUCUAUCUGCUCUGAGCUCGCUCCUCUUUUUGGCCCUGCCCUACAAAGUGGAAGGAGCAGGGCAAGAUGUUCUCAUGGGAAUAAAGAUCGACCUGGAAGUGAGCUGCGCCUUCACAGACCACAUCACCUUCUGGGAGCACUAUGACAUCGUGAGGCUUCUGGGGGAGAGGCGGGGGUCCCAAGGGAAAAGGGGGAAUCUGGAGGGAUGGGGAGUCCCGGCCUCCUUCACAGACCACAUCACCUUCUGGGAGCACUAUGACAUCGUGAGGCUUCUGGGGGAGAGGUCCCCGUGCCUGCUCAUGCCUGUUGCCCUGGAAAUGGCCCUGUUCCUCCUCCUCUUUGGGGGCUUCUGGGCCCAGAUGGUGAGCCCACAGUCUCCGGAGUAUAUGGCAACUUUGCAGACAUCUCCCCCUGGAGGGUCUUCUGCUUCUUUGGUCUCAGAUAUGCCUGAGGCCCUGAACCUCAACUCAGUGACCGCCACUGGCUCAGCAAUAAGGGACCCUAAGGUUGACAGCACCGGGGACCAGAUCUCAACCCCACUGUCUACAACUGACAAUGAGGAACAAAUUGGGACUUCUUUUAGUGCCAGCACUGGCCCCCCUGAGCCAACAACCUCUCAGGAAGUUUCCUACAAGAAGUCAUCAGUGCUUCUAGAAACCUCAAGUGACUCUGCUGUCCCCAUAGCAAUAGGAUCCCACACUGUGAUGGGUGGACACGUGACACCUAGCCCUCUGGAGACCUCCAGCGGGGCAAGUGGUCCCCCUGUCACUACAGCAACAAGUGCUCUGGAAACCUCCAGCGGGGCCACUGGCCCACCUGUCAUCACAGUGACGAGUGCUCUGGAGACGUCCAGUGGGGCCAGUGGCCCCCCUGUCAUCACAGCAACGAGUGCUCUGGAAACCUCCAGCGGGGCCAGUGGUCCCCCUGUCACCACAGCAACGAAUGUUCUGGAAACCUCCAGUGGGGCCAGUGGUCCCCCUGUCACCACAGCAGCGACGACGAGCAGGGCCAGUGGUCCCCCUGCCACCCCAGCGAUGAGCACUCUGCCCACUGCAAAUUCACAUCAGGGGUCGAAAGGCAUGAUGCUGGUGGCUGUGCUUGUGGCCCUGCUGGUGGUCUUAGUCCUCGUGGUACUUCUCCUGCUGUGGCGCCGGUGGCAGAAGCGUAGGACAGGGGUCCUCACACUAAACGGAGGCGGAAAGCCCAAUGGGGUGGUGGACGCCUGGGCUGGGCCAGCUCGGGUCCCUGACGAGGAGGCCGUGACAGCAAUAGCGGGAGGGUCCGGGGGCCACAAGGGCUCUGGGGUCCCCGAGGGGGAGGGGUCUGGCCAGCGGCCCUUGCUCACCACCUUCUUCGGCAGACGCAAGUCUCGCCAGGGCUCCUUGGCGCUGGAGGAGCUGAAGUGUGGCUCGGGGUCCAGCUUCAAGGGGGAGGAGGAGCCGCUGGUGGGCAGAGAGGACGGGGCUGAGGAGGAGCCGGCUGCCGAGGGGCCGCAGGCGGGAGAGGCCGCCACGCCUCCGUGCUCCUGA